AAAAGGGUGACUUUCUUUAUAAAUAAUCCAUACAAAAAUUUGCAUAGGUUACAGACUUUAGCAGUGACUACAAUCACUAUGUGAUCCACAUUCGUUGAACACUAAAACCAAUCUCUAUCAUGGGGUGUCUGUCAUAAACUUUGAUAAUUUUCCAUUUUGUUUUCUCAUCCAUUGAAUGCAAUCAGUCCAAGGUAAAUUUCCAAAUAGUGAAGACUACAUACAGUGUUUGGUGAAUAUAAAAAGGCGAAGGGAAGUUAAAGAUUGGUGCAGAAGUGUGAGAGAAUGGAGGAGUUAAAGGAAAAGGUGAGUGAAAAGGAAACAGAGAAAAUAAAGUACAGAGGAGUAAGAAGGAGGCCAUGGGGAAAGUUUGCAGCAGAGAUUAGAGAUUCAGCUAGAAAUGGAGCUCGCGUGUGGCUUGGGACCUUUAACACUGCUGAGGAAGCAGCAAGAGCUUAUGAUCGUGCUGCCUUUGAAAUGAGAGGUGCUAUGGCCAUUCUCAACUUCCCACAUGAACACCCUCCUUUCACUUCAUCAUCUAAAACUGAACAUGCUAAACAAGUUGUCGUAUUUGAGUGUCUCGAUGACAAAUUGUUGGAGGAACUCCUUGAUUGUGAUCACAAAAACAUGAAUCACAACUUCGCCAACUAG